AUGCUCUCAUGGGUCUCUUUCUGGAUCAAUCACGAGGCAACCAGUGCCCGUGUAGCACUGGGCAUCACCACUGUGCUCACUAUGACAACGAUCUCUACAGGUGUACGCCAGUCACUGCCUCGAAUCAGUUAUGUGAAAAGCAUCGAUGUGUAUCUGGUGAUGUGUUUUGUGUUCGUAUUCGCUGCUUUGCUGGAGUACGCGGCCGUGAACUAUUCGUAUUGGGGACGGAGAUCCCGUGGUGGUGGCGAAGAAGGGUGGCCAGUAUGCAAUGCUAAUAAGGACGACCGGGAAAGCGCUGUCAACAUAAAGGAGUGGGGCGUACCAACCAGUCUCAUCAAUGAACUCAGGCAGUCCACCUCCGAUCCACGAACACAUGAUUUGAACUCAAGCGGUGUUGGUGGAGAUGCUCCUGUACCUCUUUCUUCUGCCACAAGAAAAAAGCGGCAGUCAAGUCCGAUACCGUCCCUUUGCCCAUCUGGACCAAAUGGCAUCGACGACGGUGACGACUCACCAGAAUAUCCCCGAUAUGCCUCAACCGUUCAGGGAAUGAGGGCUAGACCGUCCCUUAUCCGCCAAGGU